UGCAUUCUUUUUCUAUUUGCAAGGAAUAAAAGUUUGUACUUUUUAGCUGUUCAUUUGUGUGAAUAUUAUCAAAUCUGACUCUUAAGCUUUCUUGGUUAUAGAACAAAGUUGUUAAUGCUUUGUUUGUGUAGUUCAAGUUUGUCUUUUUCUUUUGGUAAGGAAUCUGUUGAGUUAUGUUUCGUGCUUACUUGUUGUAUAAGCGAACUAUAAAAUGAGACGUAAAGACUAGGGGGAACGGUUUGGGGGACAUUUCGAUUUUGGGGGCAUUCUUUGCUUGAAGCAUUGGGUACCUGAUUGCAUGACACACGAGUUUUUGUUUUGCUUUUGGGAUUUGGUGUUCUACGGGAGGUAUGGAUCCUAGGUGUUGUUUAUUAGCCCAGACUGAGAGAUGUUUCGGGCAGAAACCAUUUUGUUCUUUUGUUUUGUUUUCUGGAGCUUAUUUACGUGCUCUAGCACUCCGGCUAAUGGAAGCACUCAAGGCUAAAUGCAUAUCUCUUUUCAGUAGCAGAGGUUGUUUUGGGUGCUUCACGAAACCCUCGCCAAUUACUGGUGUGGAUGAUCCAUGGCAAGGUCUAAGGGUUCAGGGCCAGAAAGUGAAGAGAUCUAGCUUUUCUGAUGAUUUCUGGAAUAGCAGUGCAUGUGAAAUGGAACAUAGCGAAGUCCGUUCCCUUUCACCGAAAAACGCAUCAAAUCUUGAUCCUUCUGGCAGCACAAGUCAACGUUCCGAUUUUGUAAAUCAUGGUCUUCUUCUUUGGAAUCAAACAAGGCAACAAUGGCUUGCAAAUAAGAAGACUGAGAAUCGGGUGCAACCUCGAGAAACCACGACAAAUUGGAAUACAAUCUAUGAGAGUUUACAUGGGGAAUAUAAGGCAUUCCCCCACCCGAUUCCGCUUCCUGAAAUGGUGGAUUUUCUAGUUGAUAUUUGGGAGCGAGAGCUACAAGAUUAGAAGAGCAAAUAUUUGUUUAUUGAAAUGUCCCAUUCUCU